AUGUCGAGCAAGCUCGACUACCUGAAGCGGUACCUCGACGGCGGCGGCGGCGACGCCGACGCCGCCGCCGCGGGCGGAGGGGAGAAGAAGAAGAAGCGGCGGAAGAAGGACAAGCCCGCGGGCGGACUCGAGAUCCGCGCGCCGGACGUAGGCGGCGUCGUCGUCGCGAAGCCCGUCAAGGUAUGCUCGGGCAUCCGCGUCGUGGACGAGGACGACGAGUCGUGGAAGCGCAAGCGCGACGAGCUCGAGGAGGCGAGGCGACGCGAGGACGAGACGCCGACGAUCGUCGGCGGCGGCGACGGCGACGGCGCGAAGACGACGAACGCGACGCGCAAGUACCUGGGCAUCCGCGAGGACGGGAGCGGAUGGGCGGUCGUCGCGGAGGACGACGACGCGACGCGCGCGAACGCGAACGCGGGGGUCGGGCGCGGGGGUGGGGGCGGCGGCGGCGGCGACGACGACGACGACGAUCUGUCCCCGCCGCGGCCGGGGAGGCACGACAGCGACGACGACGACGACCUGUCGCCGCCGAGGCCGGGAAGGCGGCACGACAGCGACGACGACGACCUGUCGCCGCCGAGGCCGGGAAGGCGGCACGACAGCGACGACGACCAGUCGCCGCCGCGUCGGCGCCCCGGAGCGCGGCGCGGCGGCGAUGACGGCGGGGACGGGGACCUCUCGCCGCCUCGGCGUGGACGAGGCGGGUCGGACGGCGAUCUGUCCCCGCCGCGACGACGACGACGACGCGGCGGCGAAUCGGAUUCGGAUUCGGAUUCGGACGCCGACCUCUCGCCGCCGCGGAGAGCGCCCAAACCGCCGUCGAGCGGGCCGACGAUGACGGACGGCACGACCACCGGCCUCGUGGACGCGGCCGUCGUCGUCCAGGAAGCCGCGGAGAAGCGCGCGGUGGCGAGGGCGAGGAUCACGGCGAUGUCCGACGACGUCAGCGGCCGCGGCGCGGCGACGCAGUUCCGCGACAAGGCGACCGGGCAGCUCAUCGACCUCGAAGAGCAGAAGAAGCGGAUGGAGCUCGCGAACGCGCGGAGGAAGGAGCCGGAGCGACCGGUGUGGACGCAGGGGAUCGCGCAGGGUAGGGCCGCGAGCGACGCCGCCGAGGCGUUGCGGCGAGAGGCGGACGCGCCGUUCGCGCGCGCCGACAUCGCGCCCGAGGCGGAGGACGCGCAACGCGCGGCGGUUCGAUUCGGCGACCCCAUGGCGCACCUCGCGCGCAAGAAACAACAGAACGCGGAGAUUUCGAUGCCGAGCGUCGUCGCGGGGAUAAGCGAGGAGCAGCUCAAGAAGAGCGGGUUUAGGAUCCCGCAGGAGGUGCCGGAGCACAGCUGGAUUCGACGCGGCGUCGGGCCGCCGCUCAACCGGUACGGCAUCAAGCCCGGGAGGCACUGGGACGGCGUCGACCGGAGCACCGGGUUCGAGCAGGAGAUGUUCAAGGCGAAGAACGACCGGCGGAGUCGCGAUCAGAGCGCGUGGAAGUACGUCCAGCAGGUGUGGGAGUGA